CGGGAGGUGAGGAAGCAGGAGGCAGAAGCUAGAAAUGGCGGCUCUCAUAAAAACAGUGCGUCUAUCUCAGGCGGUUAAUCACAUAACAAAGCUCUUCACCACGAAUUUGGCAUUAUCGUCCAAUAUUCACGCAAAACCGCCCCUGUUAUGUGGUUUUCAAAGGGUCGCAAAAUAUUCGCCGGUGUUAUGUUUCCACACUACCAGCAAAUGCUCCGAUCUCAUGGAAUUUUUCGACACAGAAAAGAAUUGGGGAGCGAACGAAGUGAAAACUGGUCGUUCGUGGAGAAAGGACGAGCUCAGACUGAAAAGUAACGAAGAUCUUCAUAAAUUGUGGUUUGUUUUGCUUAAAGAACGAAAUAUGUUGUUAACAAUGGAAGAGGCUUGUAAACGAGACUGGGUGGUUUUCCCAAGUCCUGAGAGAAUAGACAAGAUUGCUGAUAGUAUGGAGAAUCUUGAGUGCGUAGUCAGGGAGAGGAACGAAGCGUAUCACUUGCUAGAAACAGGCGAAUCUGGUGAACGCCCUUACUGUUUGAUGAAAAAUGAACUUGGCUUGAGAAGGUUACACAGAAUGACUCAGUAUCACAUACCAAAAUUCAUGAAUACAAAGUGGCACCGGAAAUUUAAAUUUAAUUAUGGCGGAUAUGCGACAUCCAAGUUUUUACGCCUCUACAAAGAGAAGCUUUGGAAUGAAAAACGCAGAGUUAUCAAUCGGCAAAACAACCAUGUUAAAGCACUCAUCAGGAAAUUCCCGAACCUCGAUUUUGAGGCUGUACAACAGCAAUACCCGCUUGCGGACAUAGAAAAAGUCAAAAGGAGAAGAGUUGCUCGGGGUCACUACUUCCCUGAAUAAUUCGCCCGAGCUCCGUUUCUCCUCGAAUUGAAUAUUUCAUAAAAACGACCAAGUUGUACGAAUGAUUCCUGAAAUAAAAUGAUCGUUGUACGAA